AUGUCUGGUUUUAAAUUUCCAUCCUUUGAUUUUAAAUCAUUACAAGAGUCAUUACCUACCGUAGAUCAAGUAAAAGAACAAUUCACAAAAACAGGUGAUCAAUUAUCAAAAACAUUACAACCAUUAACUACAAAAACAUCACAAUUAAUUAGUGAACAAUUAAAACAAGUUCAACAAUUGGCAAAUAAUAGUAUUGAUUCAAAUAUUGAUGUUUCAGAAUUACCUCAGGAUUAUUUACUGUUAGAAACCAAUUGUGAUUUAUUAUUAAAAUUAUACACUGAUUUAAUUUCAACUACUGAAGAAACGUAUGGUAAGUUAAGUUAUGAUUAUCCACCGGGAAAUUAUGCAAUUCAAAAAAUUAAGGAUGCAAAUGUUUCUGGAUUAAUUAAUUCUAAAUAUCAACAAUUGAAAAACGUAUCAUCACCACAAGAAUUGGAAAAGAUUUUAUUAGGAGGUGAUAAUAAAGAAACUGCAGAAGGAGUCUCAAUUCAACCUACUCCUGAUUUGCAUAAGACUUUAUACGGUCAAUUAUCAAGUAUUUGUCUUAAACAUUCUGAAGAAUUUAAAGAAUCUGAAUCACCAUUGAGUUUUGCGCUUUUAUCUAUUUCUUCAACAUACAUUGAAUUAGCAAAUGCAAGAGUGACACAAGAUAAGAAAAUAAUGGAUGAAUUAAAUUUAAGUUUACAUAAGAUAUUGGAUGAACAAUUUAUUAAAGUAAAUGAAUUACGUAAAUCUGUAUAUUCUACCAGAUUUGAAUUUGAUAAUCUUAGAGCAAAAUAUGAGAAAGAAGAUCCAGAAAAUGAAGAAUUAAUUGCCAAAGAAGAUGAAUUUGUUAAUUCUACAGAAAUUGCAGUAUUAGAGAUGAAGAAAUUAUUAAAACCAAGUAAAAAUUUAGAUCUAUUAAAAAUAUUAGUAUUAACACAAAAAGAAUUCUUUGAAGUUGGUGCAAAGAAAUUAGAUGAAUUGUAUGGGAACUUGGAUAAGAUACCAAUCAGUGGUGAAGAUGAAGAAGACGAUUAG